CCCCGCUCGGGACGCUGCGCCCGCCAGCCCGCACCGGCUGGUCUCUCCGCUUCGGGCCUUUGUCCCGGCCCUGCGCCCUCCUUGCCUCCCUCCCUCCACCCGCCUGCCCGCCCGCCGCGGCUGGCCUGACACCCUGGAGCCGCACGGGAGCCGGCCGUCGGAGCUGCGUCCGGCGCGGCGCCCCGGAGCCCCGAGCCCGCCGCGCCGCCGCGCCCCGGGCGUGCGAUCCCACCCUGCGCCCUGAGGGCCUUGGAGGGCAAGCGCACCUGGCUUCGGCGACUGUUGGAGCUGCUCGGCGUGCUCCGGAGCUGCCUCCGGGCGCUUGUGGUCCUCCCUCCUCGUCUGACUCGGAGGAUUGGGGAUCCCGCCCCGAGUCCAGUCUCUUCGCGUCGGGAGUGCGCGGAGCUGGGAGCGGCUUGGCCAUGGCCGUGAGGAGGGACUCCGUGUGGAAGUACUGCUGGGGAGUUUUGAUGGUUUUAUGCAGAACUGCGAUUUCCAGAUCGAUAGUUUUAGAGCCUAUCUAUUGGAAUUCCUCGAACUCCAAAUUUCUACCUGGACAAGGACUGGUACUAUACCCACAGAUAGGAGACAAAUUGGAUAUUAUUUGCCCCAAAGUGGACUCUAAAACUGUUGGCCAGUAUGAAUAUUAUAAAGUUUAUAUGGUUGAUAAAGACCAAGCAGACAGAUGCACUAUUAAGAAGGAAAAUACCCCUCUGCUCAACUGUGCCAGACCAGACCAAGACGUGAAGUUUACUAUCAAGUUUCAAGAAUUCAGCCCUAACCUCUGGGGUCUAGAAUUUCAGAAGAACAAAGAUUACUACAUCAUAUCUACAUCAAAUGGGUCUUUGGAGGGCCUGGAUAACCAGGAGGGAGGGGUGUGCCAGACAAGAGCCAUGAAGAUCCUCAUGAAAGUUGGACAAGAUGCAAGUUCUGCUGGAUCAACCAGGAAUAAUGAUCCAACAAGACGUCCAGAACUGGAAGCUGGUACAAAUGGAAGAAGUUCGACAACAAGCCCCUUUGUAAAACCAAACCCAGGUUCCAGCACAGACGGCAACAGCGCCGGACAUUCGGGGAACAAUAUCCUCGGUUCCGAAGUGGCCUUAUUCGCAGGGAUUGCUUCAGGAUGCAUCAUCUUCAUCGUCAUCAUCAUCACGCUCGUGGUCCUCCUGCUCAAGUACCGCAGGAGGCACCGCAAGCACUCGCCGCAGCACACCAACACGCUGUCGCUGAGCACGCUGGCCACGCCCAAGCGCAGCAACAACAACGGCUCGGAGCCCAGUGACAUUAUCAUCCCGCUAAGGACUGCGGACAGCGUCUUCUGCCCGCACUACGAGAAGGUGAGCGGGGGAUUACGGGCACCCGUGUACAUAUUCCAGGAGAUGCCCCCGCAGAGCCCCGCCAACAUUUACUACAAGGUCUGAGCUCCGGCUUCCUUCGCCCCAGAGGGACCUCAGCGCCCCUCCCGCUGAGGGCGGCCGCCGCCUUGUCGCCGCCCGGUCAGCACCGGCCACUGACUGAGCCCAGCCGCGGGAGCGGGAUCACGCCUCCGGGAAGAGCCCUGAGCUGGACAGCUUUCUAGUCUGUAGCAUUUCGGCCUUGGUGACCACAAACCCUCCCUGCGCGCUGGAAGACUGUGGCGGAGACGCCCGAGCGUGUCGUUCGCACUGCUGCGCGCCCCGCGUCCUCGAAGCCAUGUGCGGCAGUCACUCAGGCCUCUGCCGAAGCCCAGGGAGGGCACGAGGUGCGGACGAGAGGGCGCUGCGGCCCGAGUCCCGCCCGGCGGGUCGCCCCGCGGUGCACACUGGACUUGUCCCUGGGACCUCGGCUAAGUAAGGUUUUCAGCGGUCCCUAGCGUGUAGUCCUCACUGUCUCACUCCUGUCGUCCGGGGCUCUGCAGCACCUCACCUGAGCCCCUCACCUCCACAUUCUGCAUCACUAACGGGACACUCGCGACUGGAGCCCCACUCCGGCCCUUUGCAACCUCAGCUGGGGUCACGUGGGCGAUCCCCCAGGCGCCAGGCUGCCGGCCGGGAGGACUGGGAGUUGGUGGAAGGGCCACGGGGAAAGGGCUGCUGCAACUGCAGGUCCAUGCUGCUGCCCUCAAGCGGAAAGUGGGGACGGAGAGCAGAGCGGUUAGGUCGGCGCGCUGCGGCUUUGCUGAGACUGACGAGCAAGUAGACACCACUCACGCAGGGGCUGGCGGUCGUGGGAGGCCAUCACUGUCACCAAACAGCAAUGUGCAGGGAAACCGGGGCCCUCUUCCUUCACGGAGCAGAGCGGGGCACUGUGGCAGCGGCCGCCGGCCUUGCGCUCGGGCAGGACUGUCGUGGUACUGGCAAUAACGUACAGCGCUGGAGCUGUAGGAGUCGGUCUGCUUUGGGUGAUGUUUUAAGCAGACUCAGCUGCUAUACUUAUCACAUUUUAUUAAACACAGGGAAAGCAUUUAGGAGAAUAGCAGAGAGCCAAAUCUGACCUAAAAGUUGAAAAGCCAAAGGUCGAACAGGCUGUAAUUCCAUCACCAUUGACGUUAUUGAAGAAUUCUCAUAUGUAAAAGGUAGGUCAGAUUCCCCAGCCCCCCUAAAUGCCCCCGUCCCCACCCCCGCCCCAAGUGAGCCUUACGACACUUUGGUUUAUGGCGGUGCUGUCCGGGCUGCGAGGCCGCAGGGAGGUACUGCCGAGCCCAGCGCCCGGUGCCCGGUGUCAAAGUGAAGCACACAAGGCAAACCUCUUAGAGUCCUUAAGACGGAAGUGAAUUAUGAUGUCAGGGGGAGAAGGAAGAUAGGACGUAUUUAUAAUAGGUGUAUAGAACACAAGGGAUAUAAAAUGAAAGAUUUUUACUAAUAUAUAUUUUAAGAUUGCACACAGUACACGCCAGAAGAUGUGAAAUUCACUCGUGGCAAUUAAGUGAUCCCGACGCUCAGUGCUUUAAGAAAUAAAAUUUAACAAUUGGACAGCGACUUCUGGGAAAAACAACACCACUCCAAAAAUAACAAUAAUGAGAGCAAAUACAAAAAUACCAGAGUCCUCUGAAGGCAUCUCGCUCGGAACCGUAGACUAGGAAAUACAAGCCCCAAACACCAGGAAAUCGAUGUGACUGCGUCAUCUAUUUAACAAUGACAAGACGUUCCGGCAUUUAUUUUCUGUGUUGGGUUUUCCCUUGCCUUAUGGGCUGAAGUGUUCUCUAGAAUCCAGCAGUCACACUGAGGGAGUUUCGGUUGAAAGUCUGCCUGGGGCUCCCUCCUCCUCUCCUUCCCCCCGCCCCGCCCUUCCAGAAACAAGAAGAGUAAACAGGAAACCUACUUUUUAUGUGCUAUGCAAAAUAGACAUCUUUAGCAGAGUCCUGUUACUAUGGUAACACUUUGCUUUCUGAAUUGGGAGGGAAAAAAAAUGUAGCGACAGCAUUUGAAGGUUCUCAAACCUCCAGUGAGUACCUGCAAAAAUGAGUUGUCACAGAAAUUAUUAUUCCCUUUUUCCUGAACCUGAAAAUGAUGUUGGUCCAAAGUGCGUGCGUGUGUGUAUGAGUGGGUGUGUGGUAUACAUGUGUACAUAUAUGUAUAAUAUAUAUCUCCAAUAUAUAUUAUAUAUAUCUAUAUCAUAUUUCUGUGGAGGGUUGCCAUGGUGACCAGUCACAGUACAUAUGUAAUUCUUUCCAUCACCCCAACCUCUCCUUUCUGUGCAUUCAUACAAGAUUUUCUUGUAAGCCAUCAGAAGUGACUUGUAGGAUGGGGGAGAGGGUCGAGGAGGGGAAAAAUGGGAAACAGUCUGAUUUUAAUGAAAUCAAAUGUAUGUAUCAUCAGUUGGCUACGUUUUGGUUAUGUGCUAAACUGUGAAAAAUCAGAUGAGUUGCUGAAGAGUUACCUGCAACCAAUUGAAAAGUGUUCUGCGAGUCUGUUUUGUGUCUGGUGCAGAAGAUGACAAUCUACCAACUGUCCCCUUAUUUGGAGUUGGUUCAGCUUUGGAAAGUUACUGUAAAUGCCUUGCUUGUAUUAUCAUCCCUAGUCGCCUGACUUCGGAAUUUGCACCAUCAUGUUUAAGUGAAGAUGCUGUAAAUAGGUUCAGAUUUUACUGUCUAUGGAUUCGGGGUGUUACAGUAGCCUUAUUCACCUUUUUAAUAAAAAUACAUGUGAAAACAAGACAGAAAUGGUUUUUCUUACCCAGAUUGUGUACAUAGAGCAAUGUUGGUUUUUUAUAAAGUCUAAGCAAGAUGUUUUGUAUAAAAUCUGAAUUUUGCAAUGUAUUUAGCUACAGCUUGUUUAACAGCAGUGUCAUUCCCCCUUUGUGCUGUAAUGAGGAAAACAAUGGUAUAAAAGGUUGCCAAAUUGCUGCAUAUUUGUGCCGUAAUUAUGUACCAUGAAUAUUUAUUUAAAAUUUCGUUGUCCAAUUUGUAAGUAACACAGUAUUAUGCUUGAGUUAUAAAUAUUUUUUCUUCUUUGUUUUAUUUUAAUAGCCUGUCAUAGGUUUUAAAUCUGCUUUAGUUCCACAUUGCAGUUACCCCCAAAAAAUGAGACCCGUGAAGUCACAUUCCACGUCUGUUUCAAACUGAAUUUGUUCUUAAAAAAAUAAAAUAUUUUUUUCCUA